UAAAAACAGUGGGAGGAGAGAGGGGGCUAGAAAGAGAGAGAGAUAGAGACGGGGAAGUACGCGUACUGCAGGCGCUCUGAGUAGAAUUUUAUGCGAGAACGUCCGUCUGUACCGAACUGGAAAAGUGGGCUGAAUUCUGAAAGGGAAUUUUUGACAACCAUAACAAGAUGUGUAGACCUACUCCGUGCUGUAUAGGACAGCUGGCGUGCUGCUGUGGCUCGGCAGCCUGCUCCUGUUGCUGUGGCUGCUGUCCUAAGAUCAAGCAGUCCACAUCAACACGCUUCAUGUAUGUCCUCUACUUCCUCCUGGUCACCAUUGUCUGUGUCGUCAUGAUGUCACCUACUGUGGAACAGGAGAUGAGGGACCAUAUCCCGUUAUACAGGGACCUGUGUGAGAAGCUGAAUGCUGGUGAGAACUGCUCUACCUUGGUGGGUUACUCUGCUGUGUACAAGGUCUGCUUCGGCAUGGCCUGCUUCUUCUUCUUCUUCUGUAUAUUCACCCUACGAGUCAACUCUGCCACGGGCUGCCGUGCCGCCAUACACAACGGGUUUUGGUUCCUGAAGUUCAUAGCCUUGUUGGCCUGCUGUGUUGGAGGAUUCUUCCUGCCAGAGCAGGACAUCUUUCUGGAAGUGUGGAGGUAUGUUGGAGCCGGAGGAGGGUUCAUCUUCCUGCUGAUCCAGCUCAUGCUGCUGGUGGAAUUUGCUCACAGAUGGAACACUAACUGGAGUUCAGGUGUGAACGACAACCGUCUGUGGUAUGGAGCACUGGCCAUGGUCACCUUGGUGCUGUUCAGUAUGGCAGUAGGAGCUGUGGUGUUCAUGGCUCUGUUCUACACACACUCUCAGGCUUGUCUGCUCAACAAGGUGUUCCUGGGGGUCAACAGCAGCCUCUGUCUCAUAGUCACCCUGCUGGCUAUAUCGCCCUUCAUACAGAGACUCCAGCCUAAGUCAGGCCUGCUCCAGCCAGGAGUGAUCAGUGUGUACGUCAUGUACCUCACCUUCUCAGCCUUCUCCAGCAAGCCCAAAGAGAUGUUGGAGGUUAAUGGGGUGAAUACGACAGUUUGUGUGUUUCCCUUCAACUCUGGAUCAGAGAGCGACAAGAGGAUUGUAUCAAUAGUGGGAACUGUCAUCAUGUUCGGCUGUGUGCUCUACUCCUGUUUGACGUCCACCACCAGACGAAGCUCUGCAGCACUGCGUGUGUGUAGGAACAGCAUGCCUGAGACUGAGAGAGCUCGCUGCUGUUUCUGCUUUGGAGAUGACACAGAUGACUAUGAUGAGGAGAAGACUGGAGGAGGCCAAAAUGUUCUGUAUGAUGAGAGAGGGGGAACCAUCUACAGCUACACCUACUUCCACUUUGUCUUCUGCCUGGGUUCAAUGUAUGCCAUGAUGACAGUCACCAACUGGUUCCACUAUGACAACCAUAAGAUAGAUAAGCUGCUGGAUGGCAGCUGGUCGGUGUUCUGGAUCAAGAUGGCGUCGUGCUGGGUGUGUCUCAUCCUCUACAUCUGGACCCUGGUCGCACCCAUGGUCUGCCCCAAACGCUUCGAGGCCUAACACACACACACACACACACACACACACUGAAACACAACCCAACACUACCUUCAGCUUUCUACAUGGGGUUUUUGUGUUGUUUUUGAUUUCCUUUUCCCCCCUACUUUACAUGGUUAAGCUAUUGUUUCCUUGAAGGCAGUUGCUGUCUUUUAAUUUUUUUACUACCUUUGAUACAUGGAGUACUCUGUUACAUGCAGGGACUCUUCAGGGUGCCUAAAACAAUGCGCUGGACCAAAAUACAUACAGUAAUUUAUGUGGGACCACAUGAUCAUAGUGGUGCCCUGAUUCUGUUAUGGGAUGCCCAGCACCCUUGAGCACCAAUGUCAAUUAAACCCUUUUCCAUGUUUGCUUACAUUUGUGAUUUUUAUGUGUGCGAAGCAUCUGUUUUCCCAUGAUGGACCCAGACCUCCAUAUUGUUCUGUUAUUCCCAUAAAGAGAAGUUCCAUUUCUCAGGCUCACAUAUAAGCUGGAAGUGUCUUGCUUGCUAUUGCGCCCUUUUGUAGAAGACGUUUUCUAUGCAACGAAUCCAAAUGUUUUGAUUUGCCUGUCUUCACAUGGUCAUGUGAAUCAUUUUAAAUUAUGAGUAGAUAUGAUGGAUUGUGUCCACACUCCUUUUGAGACAUUUGUACACAACACUUUUUUGUAGUGUUGUUUUCCAAAUAGGCCUGUGUGACUAGCAGAGUGCUGCCUGGCUGGUAAAGGACUGCCCUGGGACCAGACUCACUAAUGGAGGGAGGGAGGCGAUCAUGGAGGGAAGAUCAACAGUUUGAUUUCAAACAUUUGCCAAAGGUAGAUCUCAGAAACAAAGAAUUGACACGCUAAAGUUCUUCACUACCACAAACCUCUGAUCCUUGGUUAGCUCUCUGUUGAAGGGUCACUUUCAGAGACUUUUUCAGGACUGUGAAAACAGAAGGGGAUAGGGUUCAAAACGGACCGGGACCUUAGCGUGUAGUGUAGGUUACUUAACACUGGUUGUUACUGACUGAACAAACCCAGAUCAAGACUUGACAGGGAGCAAAAAAAACUUUCUCCAGAAAUCCCAAUGAUUCUGUUGUCAUACUUACAACCCUACAGUAUAUAACCCUUUUGAUACUAUUAUAUGUACACUCGUUUAAUAUAAUAUUUGAAAAACUGGAACAUUUUUCUAUUUAACAUGAAGUCUUUCUCCUUCGAUUUCAGAUUGCUGAAUAGAAUAAUCACAUAACCCUAUGAGCCAGCAGUUUGAUUCAUUCAUAUUUAUGCCAUAAAGUACACACUGUGACUUUAGUUUCUUCCUCAGCCAUUGUCCUGAAGGGGUUAAACCCAUCUGAAAGGGUCGGCUGUGAACAAUAGGGUUGGGAUCUAUCCAUUCAGUAAUGUCAUGGAUCUGAAAGGGUCGGCUGUGAACAAUAGGGUUGGGAUCCAUCCAUUCAGUAAUGUCAUGGAUCUGAAAGGGUCGGCUGUGAACAAUAGGGUUGAGAUCCAUCCAUUCAGUAAUGUCAUGGAUCUGAAAGGGUCGGCUGUGAACAAUAGGGUUGGGAUCCAUCCAUUCAGUAAUGUCAUGGAUCUGAAAGGGUCGGCUGUGAACAAUAGGGUUGGGAUCCAUCCAUUCAGUAAUGUCAUGGAUCUGAAAGGGUCAGCUGUGAACAAUAGGGUUGGGAUCCAUCCAUUCAGUAAUGUCAUGGAUCUGAAAGGGUCGGCUGUGGACAAUAGGGUUGGGAUCCAUCCAUUCAGUAAUGUCAUGGAUCUGAAAGGGUCAGCUGUGAACAAUAGGGUUGGGAUCCAUCCAUUCAGUAAUGUCAUGGAGUGAAUCGGAAUUUCAAUUCAACAAUUAAAAGUUGCCAUAGAUUGUAUAAAAAUAGAUUUACGAAAUAUAAUUUCACUUGAAUUAACUGUAUGAUGCUGAAUUGACACCUGGUGAAUUGGAACGCCUGGUGUAAAACUGGUUUACUAAUCAGUUCCUGUACAUGUUUGAUAUUAGCAGAUUGUGUCCAUAUGUCAUUUCAGACAAGUUGUUUGUCCACAGAGCCAGAUAGACGUGACAUGGUGUUCUACAGCUCAGCACCAUCAGGUCAAGGUCAUGUUAAACCGUUAGGCUCAAAAUAGUCUGAUUAGGCUGUAUGCUGAUGUCCCUUCCUGUUCUCCAUUGUUAAGAUGACCACUAGGUGUGUACACAGGAGUGUGAAUGGAAUGGGAGUGUGUUUGUUUCAUUUAUUUUAACAGGAGCACUUGCAUGAGUUUGUCUGUGCAGAACAUUGUGUGUAUGUGUGUGCGUGCAUGCGUCUCCAAAAGCACUGCUCACACUAAGGGCUCUAUUCAAUCCGUAUGGCAGACGUUCAGCAUUACAGUGUGAUUGACAUUUAAAGGCAAUGUUCCCGCGUUAGCAAAGACUGCAUUCACAGUAAACGCUGUAUAUGUCUUGUCGGCUCCAUCGGAAAUUACCUUUACAUUUCUAUCGCCCAAUCUGCAACUCUUCAGCGAUACAGACUCAAUAGAGCCCGAAUUCUCUGUACACAGUUAGUUUGUCAUCAAACAAAAAAUAAAACAUGAACAGCC